CAACACACCUAUAGGUUUUGCAGAGAUCGUGGUUUUGUGUAUUUGACGACCGGUCUGGCCUAGUGGGUAGUGACCCUGCCUACGAAGCCGAUGAUCCCGGGUUCAAAUCCUGGUAAGGGCAUGUAUUCGUGCGAUGAACAUAGAUAUUUGUUCCUGAGUCAUGGGUGUUUUCUAUGUAUUUAAGUAUUUAUAUAUUAUAUAUAUCGUUGUCUAAGUACCCUCAACACAAGCCUUAUUGAGCUUACUGUGGGACUUAGUCAAUUUGUGUAAUGAUGUCCUAUAAUAUUUAUUUAUUUAUAUAGAUUAGAUUGCAUUGCACUCCUUGCAAUUUCUUAAUUUUACCUACUGAAACUGAAUCACUUCAAUUUAUAUGCACAUCUUGAUUUUUAAUGUUCGUCCCACUGGCACACGACCAAGCAACGCAUGUAAAACGCAAUGUCUUGCGUAUUCGUACGAUUCGUACCAGGCGCAUCUAAUCACUACGUUCUGAUUCGUACCUACCAAGCGUGCGCCGUUCUAGGCUGCAGAUUUCUUUACUCUGGCUGCAGAUACUAAGACAACCGUUAUGAUGGUUUAUAUCAUCCUUUGUGUUAUGCUAACCUGUGUUGUAUAUUACUCUUUGUAAUACUGGCUAAAAGAAAAAAGUUGGUUUGAAUUCGCACGUCAGUCAAACAACUUAAGAUUUUUUUUUGAUAAGUUGACGGCAAAGAUUCAAAAUGCGAUAUUUAGUAUUUUUGUUGUUGUGCUGUUUAUUAGAGAAAACCACCAGUCGACCGCAGGCGGUUACCCAAGAUUACAAGGAUGCCGACGAAGCCGAAUACGAGAACGAAGACUCACCGGAAGACUCGCCGCACAGGGAUGAAGAUGCAGCAGUCGACGAAAGGGCGAACAUUAAAGAGGAGGACGAAGUAAUGGAGCCGCAUCAUAGCAGGAAUUAUUUUUUCAAGCAUCAUGGCGCAGACAGAAGUCCAGAGGAGCGGACCACCAAGGAGAACACUAAUGAUAAUUUUUCAGAGUUCAAAUCGGCAAGUAGACUCGAAGGACCAGAUGAAGAUCCUUCCGAAAACGAACAGGAUCAACCAGUGACUAACAGGAGAUAUGACCGGCAAAACGAACUUAACAACCAUAAGAAUCAAUUUAUUCAAGCGUUGGUAAAUCAAAAAGAAAACUUGCGUAAUCUUCAACUGAUUAAAAGAAGAGAUAAUGCUGAGCAGGAAGAAAGCAAUGAUAACUUGUACGAAGGCGACUCAAAUCAAGAACACGUUAGUAGAAAUGACAAAAAUAAACGCAACGAGGACACUGCUGAAUCUAUUGGGCAAUCUAACUAUAAUCACUAUUAUAACAGAUCACCAACCGAAAACAAAGAAUCCGAAGAUGAUCCAUAUGAGGAAAUCAAUGCAGAAGAUGCUAAUCGAGAUCGACGUGAUACAAAUGAUCCUGAUGAAACUAUUAACAGCGGCAAUGCUCAUGAUAUCAAAGAAAAGAAAGACUUAGAAAACUUCGAAAAUGAAGCUGAGCAAGCUAUUAUCCAGAGAUAUGUGAAAAAACUUAACAAAAAAGAAGUAGAAAACCUAAUGAGAACUCUCUCAGAAGAUAAAAGAGCAAUACUUGAGCAAAUUAUUAGCGAUGGAAGCAAUCAAGCGAUCAGCUUAAACAAACGAGAAAUAACUAAAAAAGCUGAAGCCGUAGAAGAAAAUAAUUUCAUGGAUGGAAUCCAAUCGGAUUCUAAUAAAAUUUCAGGCCCCCUUGUAAAUUUUAACCUGGCCAAUGGAAUAACUAAUAAAAACAAUGACCAAACUGGAAUGACUCCAGCUAUAGAAGAAAACGUAUCUAGCACCAUUAGUGGUGAAAAUAAAAUAAACAGAAGAUCCAACGAAGAAGGGGUCUCUGAAAAAUCUGAAAAUGGGGCAGUUACUUCAAGCAGUACUGAAUCCGUAACAGCUAAAAGUGAAAAUAAAAGAGAAGUAAAUAUAAAAGAAUUGAAUAACGAGGGAUCUCCUGUUAACAGCUUAAAUACAAAUGAACCGCAAGAGUCUUCUAUCAUUGGUUCACAAGACGAAUUUUAUGCUAAUUCUCAAGAUGAAGAUUUGUCACAAUUGAUGGACGAUGAUGUGCAACUACAUUACGAUUAUCGUCAUCCGCAAAAACGAGAUCUGAUGCAAGAAAACAACGAAAACAUGGCAGAACCUAUGAAGUCUUUACAGGAAUCAUUUUCCGAUAAUAAUAAUUAUGAAAACACUGGUUACACUGGUGACUUGAAUAUGAUGCCUUUAAUAAGAGUCAAGAGGAAAAAUUACGAGCAUGCAGUGAAAAAGCGAGCAGCUGCUAUUAUGCCAGAUUCUAAAGUAGCGUAUGUUCCCGAAAAUGAAGACGAGGAUAAUGAUGAAGGGAACGAGAUUUACGAUAACGGUUUUUUCGAUAGAACGGCAAGCUUCGCAAAGAGCAACAAGAGAGUUGGCAAGGUGAGUGACACGAGAGAAAGCGGUUUAAAAUUGAACACUGACGGGAAUCAAAGUGUGUUCAAACGGUCAAGCGCAGAGGGAAGUCAUGUCGAUGACGUUGCUAGAGACAAUAUGAGCAUCGGGUCUGACACGGACAGUGUUUUGUCUGGGGUGGAAGGAGUCAACGAAAAUUUGAUGUACAGUGGCGGGUGUCGGAAAAAACGAGCCGCCGAGGAAAUCACUAAAUUGGUACCCGUUGACGAUAUUAUUAACAUACUCCCAAAUGCUUCGCGCUCAUCUUUGGUGAGUGACACCGGUAGACCUGAAAUCUUCGGGGUGAGUUUUGAUAGCAAUGAUGCCUUUGGGUCCUCUUCAAAAACGUACGAUGGAGAAUUGGGCCGUUAUAAAAGAAUACGGCGAUUAAAACAUCCGACAGCUGUGAAGAGCUCUACAACAAUAGCCGCCUAGUAACAGAGUAUUGAUGACACUUCUUUAUAAGUUUUUUUUUAUAAUUAGCUCGGAAAAAAUAGUUUUAAUUACUUUACAUUAGUUAUUUUAGAGCUUGUAUUAAGUUUUACUAUUGAUGUUGUUGGUAGGUAUCUAUUGUCAGGAAUUAUAAUACUCUUAGAACCAUAUAACCGUCUUUUUAUUACGAAGUUUUAAUUUAAGCGCUUCACACACCUUAAUUCAGUAACUGACGAUUGGUUGUGUGAAAGGCUUUACUGCUUGACUUUAUUCGUUGGUCGCACUACCUAGUCCGUGAGCGUCAGGAAGGCGGGUGGACCUCGGCAAAUUUGAGCGAAAUAUUUAUAAACAUAUUGUACCUUCGGUGUACCUCAGUGUUUAAUAUUAUCCAGUGUACCUGCCCCUAAAACAAGAUAUUUAACAAAAAAAGCGCCCAAGUACGAGUCGGACUCGCCCAUGAAGGGUUCCGUACCAUUUAUGACGUAUUAAAAAAAAACCUGCUUACUAGAUCUCGUUCAAACCAAUUUUCGGUGGAAGUUUGCAUGGUAAUGUACAUCAUAUUUUUUUUUAGGUUUAUCAUUCUCUUAUUUUAGGAGUUACAGGGGGGGGGGCACACAUUUUACCACUUUGGAAAUGUCUCUCGCGCAAACUAUUCAGUUUAGAAAAAAAUUAUAAUAGAAACCUCAAUAUCAUUUUUGAAGACCUAUCCAUAGAUACCCCACACGUAUGGGUUUGAUGAAAAAAAUGUUUUUGAGUUUCAGUUCUAAGUAUGGGGAACCCCCAAAAUUUAUUGUUAUUUUUCUAUUUUUGUGUGAAAAUCUUAAUACGGUUCAUAGAAUACAUCUACUUACCAAGUUUGAACAGUAUACUUCUUAUAGUUUCGGAAAAAAGUGGCUGUGACAUAAACGGACAGACAGACGGACAUGACGAAUCUAUAAGGGUUCCGUUUUUUGCCAUUUGGAUACG